CGGACGGCUCAUGGGCCGGAGCACGCGCGCAAUGCACCGAAAACAGAAGUAGUAGGACGCCGAGGGUCAGCCACACCUCGGUGCAUGCCGUUUCCGCUCCCGUUGCCUGUAGAGGGAUUCGGGGCUGUGAGCGAGACCCGAUGGCUGUCCUUACGGACCUGCUCUGCAGUGCCCGACGAUGCCCGAAACUGGCACCUGAGAUAACCUAGGUACUCGGCAAUAAGCAACCAGCAAGCACGUCGGCAUAAUGCAGUACGAAUGCAAGAUUCGUGCCGGCUGCGGCUGCGCUGCUUAUGACUUAUGACUUCCACGAUUGUCCACGAGCUGGCUCGCUGCGCUGGCCAGUCAAGGUUGCCGGUCCCGGACGAUCCCCAAUCCACACUCCGCACUGCGGAGCGAUCCGCACCCGGGACAAAGUAAAAAUCAUACGGGGCAGUCGCACGCGCUAUGCCACGAGCUUGAGGUCAGGCUUCCAGCUUGAAGGACAUGAGACAGAAUCAGAGACGGUGGUGAAGCUCGGGGAUGGAAUCCAAAGGCCAAAACGCAGACGGAAUGCUUGCUUAAUGUUUUGGGCCGUGUUCAUCGGACACCGAGUAUCAGCAACGAAUAAGAAGCUAGGAACACCGAGCGAUCGGCUUCGAAGCGACGGUGUGCAAGAGGCUUUCCGGUCCACCCUCGCAAACGGAGACAACCUUUUUUGGUGGGAUUGGUGUGAUUGCCCGAGCACUCAUCCGCGGGGUCCUGCAAGUACCAGUACUUCGCUUCCCAGACCGCUUGCCCCGCUUGGGUUAACCCCAUUGAUCCAAAAGGUUCUGAGUACCUUUUUUUCCCGGCCCCUAGCCCUUCCCCAACGCCCAAAGCACGCUACUGGUACCUGGAGAGGAGUGCUUUCGUUCGCCAGAGGUCGACUUUUGUGCUGGAGCCAGUCCCUGAUUUCCUUCGAAGCAGACGGCGACUCGAGAGCGUACCGAUUCAUUGUCAUCCAACAUUCCUCGGCCGCUCCCCUGCUCCGUUUUCCCUCUCCUCCCCCUCGAGACUUCUCGGUUUGCCUGUCUUGCCUCGCUUGCUUGACGAUAGCAAUUUGUCCGCGUGCCGCCCUCCCAUCAGUCCAUUUGGGAAUUUCUUCCCCCCGCAGCCGUUGAAUUGAGUGAGCUUCCCUGCCCCCGCCUGCCGAACCGCAGAAACAGACAGGCGCACGACUCCGACACCAAUCCAUAGCUGGACCAAUUUCUGACCCACGUGCGAAAUAUAGAAAAGACAACGAAACUUGAAGAAAAGGAAUAGGCCAGAAGAAAGAAAGCACGCGGCUUACCUAUACUGUCGACAUGUCUGCGAAGAGCGUCUCCGAGGCCGAUGGCAAGGCCAUCAUCAACUAUCACCUCACGCGCGCCCCGGUGAUCAAGCCGAGCACGCUGCCUGCUCCUACGAAGCACAACCCACCCCCUAGACUGGCCUCGCUCUACUUCCCCGAGGAUGCCAACCCGAACGACAUUCUCGACCAGGCCGAGCUCACAUAUCCGUGGCUGCUGCACCAGGGCGCCAAGUUCGUCGCGAAGCCCGACCAGCUUAUCAAGCGGCGAGGCAAGAGCGGUCUCC